AUGGAAAAGCGAGUGAGGAGGCAAAUGGACAGGAUUUAUCCCCUCCUGGUUGGCUAAAUUGAUUAUAGAAAUCUUAUCAGCAUCUCAUCUCCUGUGUCGGGGGUUUGGAUGGGCGUGGGUUGGCCCUGGACGCGCCAUCUCUCCAGAAUUAGACUGACAGACAGAAAGACAGAGCACCAUUAGGCCUUGAGCUGGGCCUGGGAUACUCAGAGGACAGGCCUGAAUUACCCUACAUGAUCUGCAUCAACAGCACUGAAAAUGGAACAGCACUGUUACAGGACUAACAGUGCAUCUAUACAGUGUCUUCCAGGACCUAAUCGUCAACUAUUCCAUGUAAUUAAUGACCCUAUUCUUUCUAUUCGAAAUUCUCCACAUGUAGGGUCUAUGUAAAUGAGUAAAUGUUAAAACAAAUGAGAAUGUGCAGCAUUUACAAGCUAUUCCAAGUGAUCAGUCUAGGAAAAGAGAUGGCUAUGGAUCAUUUCCAGCCGAGAGCCUAGCUGAGGUUUUGGAGUGCACUGAAUGUAAACACUAUAACUAACAGCUUCUUAAUAGAUCAACAUCAGAUCCCCCAAGCGAACACACACACACACACACACGCACACACCUCUCUCCUCUCUAUCACAUGCUCAUACAGCCAUGAGCAAGGGUCAAAGGCUCACUGACUGAUCUUAUUUUCCAGCUCAGAGGAUGUUGGGGGGUUGUGAAUGUGUGUCUAUGUAUACUGUAUGUGUGUGGGAGGGAUCUGAGUGAUAAAAUGUGUGUGGAUUUGAGGUUGAGAUUGUGUGAUUGUAUGUGGUCUCUUCCGUAUGUGUUUGUGCAUGCUAAUAAGCAUGUGUAUGUGUGUGUUACUGUUUGAGCAUAUGAAUGCGAGAGAGAAUGCGCCUAUAGAUGGAUGUUUCUUUCCCUAAGUGUGUAUCUGUGUGCAUGAGUGUACAUGUAUAUCCAUAUAUAUAUAUACACUCCCCUAAGUAUUUAUUUGGACAGUAACCAGGUUUCUAUCCCAACCAUUUAAUGUGGAUUAAUUACCUGAUGCAUGGGCUGAUGGAAACAGGAAAUCCCGUUACAAUUGUAUAAAUGCCGACAGACAAUUUGUUCGUUAGACAUGGUGGGGUCUUUUUGUGUCUGUCAAAUUAAUUAUGCGAGAAAUGGCGGUGGAAAUGCCUUUAUGUGCAAAUAUUGAUAUAAUAACCAGCAUAUCGAAGUAAACUUGGAGUCACGCGAUGAUAUGUUAGGUGGUCCUCCCACUACGACUUGGGAAAGCAUGCAGUUUAUUAGGCUACAGAUUAAAUCAAUGAUGACGAACUUCACAGGAUGGUGAAAGUGCACGGUGAUGAGCUUGAUGCUACCUUCCAAUAAAUAUUGAGGGUCUUAUUCUGGUGACAUGAUGAUCAAUGCUUGGCUGCCAUUUGACAAAUAAAAGUAAUCUUGCUCUUAUCCAUAAUAAUCUCAUCAUGUAGAUAGCCUACCCACACUGUAUCUGCGAGCUGUUGGCUAGAGCUCACGUGCCGAGACCAGAGUGGGCACAUUGGAAACCCAUUUAACUUGUAUUUUUCAUUCGGUACAUGGGAUUUUAACCGCAAAAGUAAUUUUUAUGAGCACUACAUCAUCAUGCACAGCCUUUUAUCCGUAAUCAAUCAGUUUGAUGGAAACACAUCUCUGGUGGGAAAAUGUGCAUAUUGUCUUAUGCAGAUUUUUGAAUAUUCGCAUGAAAAUCUGUUGCAAAUUGGAUGGAAACCUAGCUAGUGAAGCUAAAACUUUGAUUUGGCUCUAUAGUCCAGCAUUUUGGAUUUGAGAUACAAUCUUACAUAUGAGGCGACAGUACAGAAUGUCACCUUUUAUUUGAGGGUACUUUCAUACAUAUCCAUUUUACCGUUUAGAAAUUAAUGCACUUUAUGGAUCUAGUCCCCCCAUUUGAUGGUGUCAUAAGUGUAACCCUCUCACCAAAAGACUCGGAUAGGUCAGUUUUGGAAUAAUGAUGAAAACGUCAUCUCAGUAAAUUAACUUGUAUGAUACUGACUCGCUAGGGGGAAAACUAGCGGGAUAUUACUAACAGAUAAAGUGGGGUCAAAUUAUUGACACCCUUGAUAAAGAUGAGCAAUAAUGACUGUAUAAAAUAAAUAAUCAAAAUACUGAGCUAUAUUGUAUACUCAAAUAAUUGAGAAAUUAUAUUAUUUUAUACUAAUACAAUUGCUCAUAGAAAGCGAUUGUUUAACAAGUAACACUUUUUUUCCCCAAAAGGUAGGGAUCAAAAUUAUUGACAAACCUUUUUAUAAAUAAAUUCAAAAGUUUCGUAUUUGGUCCCAUAUUCCUAGCACGCAAUGACUACAUCAAGUUUGUGACUCUACAAACUUGUUGGACGCAUUUGCAGUUCUUAUUGGUUGUGUUUCCAAUUAUUUUGUGAGCAACAGAAAUGAAUGGUAGAUAAUGUAUUGUGUAAUUUUGGAGUCACUUUUACUGUAAAUAAGAAUGAAAUAUGUUUCUAAACACUUUGUGAUGAGUGUGAUAGAAGGAGUCAGGCGCAGGAGGGUAAUCACCGAAUGCAGAGUUUAUUCCGUCGUACACAAAUAGCGCUGGAUAGCGACAAACGAAACAGGCACAGGGGAAAAUCUACCCUGGCAAUACAAGGUAACGGUAGCUCCAACAAUAACAGGAACAGGGGAAAUAUCUACCCCGGCAAUAACAAGGUACGAGUAGCUCCACCUAGCUACACUACUCUCACAAUUAAACAAUCCCCCACAAGGAUUUUGCCUGUUCUUAGCUCUAUUCCAUUUCAUUUUACCCUAAAAAGCUCCCUAGUCCUUGACGAUGAAAAGCAUACCCAUAACAUGAUGCAGCCACUACCAUUCUUUAAAAUAUGAAGAGUGGUACUCAGUGAUGUGUUGUGUUGGAUUUGCCCCAAACAUAACGCUUUGUAUUCAGUAUAAAAAGUUAAUUUGUUUGCCACAUUUUUAGCAGUAUUAUUUUAGUUCCUUAUUGCAAACAGGAUGCAUGUUUUGGAAUAUUUUUAUUCUGUACAGGCUUCCUUCUUUUCACUCUGUCAUUUAUGUUAGGCUUGUGGGGUAACUACAAUGUUGCUGAUCCAUCCUCAGUUAUCUCCUAUCACAGCCAUUAAACUCUGUAACUGUUUUAAAAUCACCAUUGGCCUCAUGAUGAAAUCCCUGAGCGGAUCCUUCCUCUCCGGCAACUGAUUUAGGAAGGGUGCCUGUAUCUUUUUUAAUGACUGGGUGUAUUGAUACACCAUCCAAAGUGUAAAAUGAAUAACUGCACCAUGCUCAAAGGGAUAUUCAAUGUCUGCUUUUUUCUACCCAUCUACCAAUAGGUGCCCUUGUUUGCAAACCAUAGGAAAACUGCCCUGGUCUCUGUGGUUGAAUCUGUGCUUGAAAUUCACUGCUCGACUUAGGGACCUUACAGAUAAUUCAGUUGUACUGUAUGUGUGAGGUACAGAGAUGUGGUAGUCAAUUAAAAAUCAUGUUCAACACUAUUGUGGAAAAAGUCAAGGGGUGUGAAUACUUUCUGGAGGCAUUGUAGCUGACAGGGAGAUAUGCUAAGAGGAGAGAGUCAAAGCCCAUAUCUAAGUGUGAUCUCGCUUUACUUAUACUAUAAAUAUUAUUUUUAUAGAACGACAGUAAUAAAAUGAGAUGUCUCAUGCAUAGUUUAAUGUUAGGAGGCUACUUCACAUGGAUGAUAUAUCUAUGUUUCUCGUCAUUAAACAAUGUGCCGUGAUUAUGUUUAACUUUAUCGUUUCUUCAUAUUGUUCUAUUGCUUAUAAGAUGUGUCAUUUUUCCCUAGUGUCACUUCCCAAGCAAUUUACAUUCUAAUCAGAGCCUAAUGGAUUACACUAAUUUGUUAUUUUACUAACCAAGCACUAAAUAUACAGUGUGUAUUAAUUCAUUCUCUGUGGUUACUUAACACAGAUGAAUGGGAAUCAGUGUAUCUUAAUGAUAAUGGAGACAUAAAACAAAACAAUAGAAAGUUUAACACUGAACUCACUCAACAACUGUCUGGAAAUAGCCACACAGCUGUGUAUUCCUGUUGGAGCGAGUGGAGUAGGAACUAGGAACCUUUGUUCUAGUGACUAAGCCCCCGUUUGACUAAACCAAAGAGACAGGGACACCGCUAAGGCACUCGCCUUGUGACACUUUGUUCCUUUACAUGUUUUCUGAGUCGCAGUGGCUUAUAUAAGAUGAUGGCAGGCGCAGGAUAAUUCAACCUUAUUACCUUAUUGCGAAGUAAUGCGCAGAGACAGAUGUGUGGAGUUAAGGCAAUAUCAAAUAUAUAGCGUCGUUGGCAGCUUUAUCUGGACCAUUCACACGGGUUUGGAAAGGAACCAAGCCGGCUCUGGCUGCGAAGGGCGCAGACUUCUCUUUGACUCCCAGUCCUUUUUUCCCUAUUUUCCUGUGUAAGAACAGCUGCCCAUUUUAUUCCCACAGUUUUAUUCCCUUUCCUGAAUCCGCUCUAGAGGCUCUGAAUCGGUGGGGAUUCUGCCUGACACUUGGCAGCUUAAAAUUUAAUGAGACUUUUACUUCAUAGUUCAUCCACCUCUCUGCUUUGUACUGUGGAGAGAGAUUCUACACCGUGAUAUCUUGACAGGCGCAAUGAAGUAAAUUGGGUAGACAUGGGAACAAACAUGGGAAUGGACAUGGAAAAUAACGGGCCGAUCUAACAUGGUGUCAACAGCCACGCAAGUCAUAGACUGUUCUCUCUGCUACCGCAAGGCAAGCGGUAGUCAAUGCACCAAGUCUGGAACCAACAGAUAUUUACAUUUACGUCAUUUAGCAGACGCUCUUAUCCAGAGCGACUUACAAAUUGGUGCAUUCACCUAAUAGCCAGUGGGAUAACCACUUUACAAUAUGUUUUUUUUUUUUUUUUUCUUUCUUUGGGAUGGGGUAAGGGGGGGUAGAAGGAUUACUUUAUCCUAUCCCAGGUAUUCCUUAAAGAGGUGGGGUUUCAAGUGUCUCCGGAAGGUGGUGAGUGACUCCGCUGUCCUGGCGUCGUGAGGGAGCUUGUUCCACCAUUGGGGUGCAAGAGCAGCGAACAGUUUUGGCUGAGCGGAAACUGUGCUUCCGCAGAGGUAGGGGGGCCAGCAGGCCAGAGGUGAAUGAACGCAAUGCCCUCGUUUGGGUGUAGGGACUGAUCAGAGCCUGAAGGUACGGAGGUGCCGUUCCCCUCACAGCUCCGUAGGCAAGCACCAUGGUCUUGUAGCAGAUGUGAGCUUCAACUGGAAGCCAGUGGAGUGUGCGGAGGAGCGGGGUGACGUGAGAGAACUUGGGAAGGUUGAACACCAGACAGGCUGCGGCAUUCUGGAUGAGUUCUAGGGGUUUAAUGGCACAGGCAGGGAGCCCAGCCAACAGCGAGCUGCAGUAAUCCAGACGGGAGAUGACAAGUGCCUGGAUUAGGACCUGUGCUGCUUCCUGUGUAAGGCAGGGUCGUACUCUCCAAAUGUUGUAGAGCAUGAACCUACAGGAUCGGGUCACCACCUUGAUGUUAGCGGAGAAAGACAGGGUGUUGUCCAUGGUCACGCUAAGGCUCUUCGCACUCUAGGAAGAGGACACAAUGGAGUUGUCAACCGUGAUGGCGAGAUCAUGGAACGGGCAGUCCUUCCCCGGGAGGAAGAGCAGCUCCGUCUUGCCGAGGUUCAGCUUGAGGUGGUGAUCCGUCAUCCACACUGAUAUGUCUGCCAGACAUGCAGAGAUGCGAUUCGCCACCUGGUUAUCAGAAGGGGGAAAGGAGAAGAUUAGUUGUGUGUCGUCUGCGUAGCAAUGAUAGGAGAGGCCAUGUGAGGAUAUGACAGAGCCAAGUGACUUGGUGUAUAGCGAGAAUAGGAGAGGGCCUAGAACUGAGCCCUGGGGGACACCAGUGGUGAGAGCACGUGGUGCAGACACAGAUUCUCGCCACGCCACUUAGUAGGAGUGACCGGUCAGGUAGGACGCAAUCCAAGAGUGAGCCGCGCCGGAGAUGCCCAACUUGGAGAGGGUGGAGAGGAGGAUCUGAUGGUUCACAGUAUCAAAGGCAGCAGACAGGUCUAGAAGGACAAGAGCAGAGGAGAGAGAAUUAGCUUUAGCAGUGCAGAGAGCCUCCGUGACACAGAGAAGAGCAGUCUCAGUUGAAUGACCAGUCUUGAAACCUGACUGGUUUGGAUCAAGAAGGUCAUUCUGAGAGAGAUAGCAAGAGAGUUGGCUAAAGACGGCACGCUCAAUAGUUUUGGAGAGAAAAGAAAGAAGGGAUACUGGUCUGUAGUUGUUGACAUCGGAGGGAUCGAGUGUAGGUUUUUUGAGAAGGGGUGCAACUCUCGCUCUCUUGAAGACGAAAGGGACAUAGCCAGCGGUCAAGGAUGAGUUGAUGAGCGAGGUGAGGUAAGGGAGAAGGUCACCGGAGAUGGUCUGGAGAAGAGAGGAGGGGAUAGGGUCAACAGGACCCUGAACAGCUUCUACCCCCAAGCCCCCCUACCCGGACUAUGCAUUGACCCUUUUUGCACAAACUUUCUUUACUCAUCACAUACGCUGCUGUUACUGUUUAUUAUCUAUCCUGUUGCCUAGUCAAUUUUAUCCUACCUACCUAUACAGUCCCAGUCAAAAGUUUGGACACACCUACUCAUUCAAGGGUUUUUCUUUAUUUUUACUAUUUUCUACAUUGUAGAAUAAUAGUGAAGACACACAACUAUGAAAUAACACAUAUGGAAUCAUGUAGUAACCAAAUAAGUGUUAAACAAAUCAAAAUAUAUUUGAGAUUUGAGAUUCUUCAAAUAGCCACCCCUUCCCUUGAUGACAGCUUUGUACACUCUUGGCAUUCUCUCAACCAGCUUCACCUGGAAUGUUUUUUUUUUUUUUUUUCAUUUAACCUUUAUUUAACCAGGUAAGCCAGUUGAGAACAAGUUCUCAUUUACAACUGCGACCUGGCCAAGAUAAAGCAAAGCAGUGCAAUAAAAACAACAACAACACAGAGUUACAUAUGGAAUAAACAAAACGUACAGUCAAUAACACAAUAGAAAAUCUAUAUACAGUGUGUGCAAAUGUAGUAAGUUAUGGAGGUAAGGCAAUAAAUAGGCCAUAGUGCAAAAUAAUUACAAUUUAGUAUUAACACUGGAGUGAUAGAUGUGCAGAAGAUGAUGUGCAAAUAGAGAUACUGGGGUGCAAAUGAGCAAAAUAAAUAACAAUGUAAAUAACAAUAUGGGGAUGAGGUAGUUGGGUGGGCUAAUUACAGAUUGGCUGUGUACAGGUGCAGUGAUCGGUAAGCUGCUCUGACAACUGAUGCUUAAAGUUAGUGAGGGAGAUAAGUGUCUCCAGCUUCAGAGAUUUUUGCAGUUCGUUCCAGUCAUUUGCAGCAGAGAACUGGAAGGAAUGGCGGCCAAAGGAGGUGUUGGCUAUGGGGAUGACCAGUGAGAUAUACCUGCUGGAAUGCUUUUCCAACAGUCUUGAAGGAGUUCCCACAUAUGCUGAGCACUUGUUGGCUGCUUUUCCUUCACUCUGCCGUCCGACUCAUCCCAAACCAUCUCAAUUGGAUUGAGGUCGGGGGAUUGUGGAGGCCAGGUCAUCUGAUGCAGCACUCCAUCACUGUCUUUCUUGGUCAAAUAGCCCUUACACCGCCUGGAGGUGUGUUGGGUCAUUGUCCUGUUGAAAAACAAAUGAUAAUCCCACCACCUUUUUUUUACAUUUCAGUCAUUUAGCAGACGCUCUUAUCCAGAGCGACUUACAGUUAGUGAGUGCAUACAUUUUCAUACUGGCCCCCCAUCGGAAUCGAACGUUGCAAGCGCCAUGCUCUACCAACUGAGCUACACGGGGCCACUAAGCUCAAACCAGAUGGGAUGGCGUAUCGCUGCAGAAUGCUGUGGUAGCCAUGCUGGUUAAGUGUGCCUUAAAUUCUAAAUAAAUCACAGACAGUGUCACCAGCAAAGCACCCCCACACCAUAACACCUCCUCCUCCAUGCUUUACGGUGGGAACUACACAUGCGGAGAUCAUCCGUUCACCCACACCGCAUCUCACCAAGACAUGGCGGUUGGAACCAAAAAUCUCAAAUUAGGACUCCAGACCAAAGGACAGAUUUCCACCGGUCUACUGUCAAUUGCUCGUAUUUUGGCCCAAGCAGGUCUCUUCUUCUUAUUGGUGUCCUUUAGUAGUAGUUUCUUUGCAGCAAUUCGACCAUGAAGGCCGAAUCACACAGUCCCCUCUGAACAGUUGAUGUUGAGAUGUGUCUGUGACUUGAACUCUGUGAAGCAUUUAUUUGGGCUGACAUUUCUGAGGCUGGUAACUUUAAUGAACGUAUCCUCUGCAGCAGAGGUAACUCUGGGUCUUCCAUUCCUGCGGCGGUCCUCAUGAGAGCCAGUUUCAUCGUAGCGCUUGAUGGUUUUUGCGACUGCACUUGAAGAAACUUUCAAAGUUCUUGACAUUUUCCGUAUUGACUGACCUUCAUGUCUUAAAGUAAUGAUGGAGUGUCAUUUCUCUUUGCUUAUUUGAGCUGUUCUUGCCAUAAUAUGGACUUGGUCUUUUACCAAAUAGGGCUAUCUUCUGUAUAUCCCCCCUACCUUGUCACAACACAACUGAUUUGCUCAAACGUAUUAAGAAGGAAAGAAAUUCCACAAAUUAACUUUUAAGAAGGCACACCUGUUAAUUGAAAUGCAUUCAAGGUGACUACCUCAUGAAGCAGGUUGAGAGAAUGCCAAGAGUGUGCAAAGCUGUCAUCUUGGCAAAGGGUGGCUAUUUGAAGAAUCUCAAAUAUAAAAUAUACUGUAUUUUGAUUUGUUUAACACUUUUUUUGGUUACUACAUGAUUCCAUAUGUGUUAUUUCAUAGAUUUGAUGUCUUCACUAUUAUUCUACAAUGUAAAAAAAAUUAAAAAUAAAGAAAAACCCUUGAAUGAGUAGGUGUGUCUAAACUUUUGACUGGUAGUGUAUGUACAUAUCUACUUCAAGUACCUUUUACCCCUGCACAUUGACUUGGUACUGGUACUCCCUGUAUAUAGCCAAGUUAUCGUUACUCAUUGUGUAUUUAUUCCUCUUGUUAUUGUUUUUCUACUAUUUUUCUAUUUUUCGCUCUGCGUUGCUGGGAAGGGCCCGUGAGUAAGCAUUUCACUGUGACAAAUACCAUUUGAUUUGAUGUUGGCAACUAAAGAGGAGGGCUUGUGUGAUGACUAACCCAAAAAUAAAGAGCUCGUGCCUGGUGUGGCUGUCAUUUCCGCAGAGAGGAGAGAGAAGGGGUUAGUGAGGAGUCAUCCGGAUAUGUUUAACCUUUCCACCUUUCAUAUUAGAGGCUGAGAGUUUGGUGCAGUGGCACAAUGGCUGCUAGUAAAUCCACUGUAAGUCUUCCAGGGACUCUGAAGAUCCUGGAGUUCAUGUAGCAAUUUGAAGGUGCCGAGACACUGCCGGAGCUCUGGGUUCACACAGAAUCCACCCUGAUCAAUACAACCAAUCUGGGAAAGCCAAUAGCUGGGCAGGGACACAGACCUCAAUCUGGAUAGAAUAGGAGAGUACAAAACAGGAGACAGACUAGGGCUGCAUUGGCAUUGUACUCACACGCUCAAUCCACAAUUAACCACACUUCCAUAUGCAAGCACACUCCAGACCUCAUGACAGAACAGGAAGGAGCUUGGGCUGCAGCGUCCUCCCUCCUCGUAGCUCGCAGACAACUUAAUACCUUCAGAUUAUAAAUUCCAACCCUCCCCAAGAACCUGGGAGCCUGAGCAGGAGAGGAAAUGCACCAUGAGUCUCAUUAUCAAACCAGCUAGGCCUUUAAUAGCUUUUUUAGUGCUGUGGAGUAAAAUAUUCACUGUUUACCACUGCUGCACAUUCCUGUAUUGCAGUCCCGCAUCCCUGCUCCCAGACUCGCCUAAAGUUAUACCCCAUAGUAAUGUUAAUGGAACAGAUAGUAAAAGCUGGACAGACACAACACAAGGCCCUUCUACCAGAAUGACUGGGCUGUGUAACCUUGGACGGACUCUCACUACAGAUUAUGGACUGUGGGUCUGGAGAGGAGAUGAGGGGGAGGAUGAGUGUGUUUUACCCUCGCCCUACUACCUAGGAGCGCAUGCACUUCAUUGUUAAGUCAUACAGUGCACUUAAUGAGCAGGGGCCUAAUGUGGUGCCGGUGGUGAGGAGAGGCAGCUUUGUGAGGCCGUGCACUUAAGUCCAGCCAGCCGUCAGGGGAAGAGGGGAUAAGGGGAUAGUGAAAAGACAGGAAACAUAGAGAGAGAGAAAAAAAAUACAUUCAUCUUCCACUCCAGUGACUAUCUUUUAGCAUCUCUGGCAACCUGCAAAUUUCACCUAGAUAAGCAGAGAGCCCAGCACCGAGCCAGAUUGUUGAGCCUGAAAAUUAAAUGUGAUUGACACAUUCUCAACCCCCUCAGUGGCUGAAUUCAGAGAGAGAGAGAGAGAGAGAGAGAGAGAGAGAGAGAGAGAGAGAGAGAGAGAGAAAAAAAUAUAUAAAUAUAAAACUUCCUCACUUCCCCAAUGUGUAGCUGGGAGCCAGGGGAGCAGUAUCCCCACUGCGGCUCACCACACAACCUCCCGACAGCCCCUCAUAGCCCAAACACACCUCCCAGCUCGCUCCCGAGCCCUGCCCAACCCCCACCGCCACUCGCUGCUAUUAUUGACAAUCUCACAUCAAUUUCAGGGAGCCUCUUAUCUCAAAUGACGCACAACCUUUCUACACUGUCAGAUCAGAGUAAUAUUUCAGCCUUUUAUAGGGAUCGAUUGGGCAGUUUUGGGUGGGGCAGGGGGGGGGCAAGGCUGAGCGCAUGAAAGGUCAAGUGUAGCGCUAAAUCAUUUGAAGAUUCUUAAUGAAUGGUGUAUGGCAGACGCACCUGCUGGUUUCAUUAUGGCAGCGUGGUGGACGGAGAGAGACAGAGAGAGAGAGAGAGAGAGGGGUGCUGGAUUAGAAUGAGAGAGAGUGGAGAGAGAGAGAGGGUGAGAGAUUAGAGAAUGAAGAGUAGAGAGAUCGGAGAGAGCGAGAUCUCUCUAUCUCUAGCUCCUCAGCUCUCUCUCUCUCUCUCGUCUCCUCUCUUCUCUCUUCUUAUCUCUCAGAGAGAGCAACACUUAGAAGAGCACCUUCACCAAGGUCAAGAAGUGCUUACUGGUGCCCAUGCCAAUCUCAGCCCCUCCAUCUCAAAUAAUCAUAUGUCGCUAGUUUUGGAACCUUUCUUGAACGUCUGGACCAAGGUUAAACCCCAAGUAAGAACUUUCUUAGAAAAAGAGUGAACUAUGUAUUAUGUAUUAAUGCACAAUAUACUUGUUUGGCCUAAAUGACAUGGCUUUAUAAAUUGAUGGAAGGUUUAUGGUUGUAUCUGAAAAAGAGGACAUUACAGAUAUAAAUAGACCUGGUUCAUAUGACUCUAGAUCCCUACUUAUGUAUGUAGACUGCAAACAACACAGACACAAUAUCAUCAAUAAGACAAAUGUCCAAUCAUGUAGUAUCUGGAAUGCUAUAAAACUGUGAGCUUGAUGUUCGAUGAGAGGAGCUUGCUAAAAUUGAUGUUAACAACAGGCCUAGUGUCAAAUGAGCAGUGUAUUCUGAACAAUUAAACCAUCCAAUCACAUUAUCAUGCAUGACUUGUUUCAAACUUGAUAAGUCAACUCUAGUUCUUUAGUUGAUUAUCUAAACAUACAUAUAGUAGCCAAUAGUGACUGACUGUGUGGCAUGUGAUGUUGAUGAUGAUGUUGAUACACUAACUGCUGUGUGGAGGUGUUCCGGACAGAGGAGGGUUGGUUGGUUAAGUGUGCGGUCCCUCUCUCCUCAGAACGGCUACGAUUCUCUCCCCCCCCAGGGCGCCUCCUCCAGCCUGGUGGUGAAGUUUGCCGACACCGACAAGGAGCGCACCAUCCGCCGCAUGCAGCAGAUGGUGGGCCAGUUCGGCAUCUUCAACCCAGCCAUCGCCCUGCCCUUCAGCACCUACAGUACCUACGCACAUGCAGUGUUCAGUGAGUUAUCCCACACACCACACACGGGAGUUCACCAACCCCCAAAUGCCGUUACCCUCUUACCCCCCCACCCCCCACACUCCAUCCCUUUAUCCACCCACCCCAACCGCCACGUAUCCUCUACCCCCCCAACCCCCAACCUCCGUAUCCCUCUUACCACCCCCCAACCACCCAACACUCCGUAUCCCUCUUACCCCCCCAACCCCCAACACUCCGUAUCCCUCUUACCCCCCCCCAACCCCCAACACUCCGUAUCCCUCACCCCCCCAACCCCCAACACCUCCGUAUCCCUCUACCCCCCCAACCCCCACCACUCCGUAUCCCUCUUACCCCCCCAACCCCCAACACUCCGUAUCCCUCUUACCCCCCCAACCCCCAACACUCCGUAUCCCUCUUACCCCCCCAACCCCCAACACUCCGUAUCCCUCUUACCCCCCCCAACCCCCAACACUCCGUAUCCCUCUUACCCCCCAACCCCCCCCGUAUCCUCUUACCCCCCCAACCCACAACACUCCGUAUCCCUCUUACCCCCCCAACCCCCAACACUCCGUAUCCCUCUUACCCCCCCAACCCCCAACACUCCGUAUCCCUCUUAACCCCCAACACCCCAGAGGGCAGAGCACCAUACACACACCGGCAGACCCCAGGCUCUUUGAUGAGCUCACCCGGCCCACGCUGCUUUUCCCACUGCCCUUUCCUCUCCCCGGGGCCCCGGAGCUGCACCAGGGGCCAGAGAUGACUCUGAAUAUUCCAUAGGAACCUUAUCUCCACACAAACCUAUUUAGCCUGCAUACAGAGUUACUGCCGCUUGAAGGGAGCUGAAAUGGAAUGAAGAAAAGGGUUCCAUCCGACACCGAUAAAUACCUAAAGCUCAGUCACAACAGACUGCAUAAAUAUACACAGUAUGUAUAUAUUUAUAAAAUAACGGAAUUCUUUAUUUAUUUACUUUGCACUCUUUUUAUUUUUCUUCUCUAAAUGCCACGAUUAAUUUGGGCUGCCCAGGUCUCGGGGGCUUAUUCAUUUCCCUCAUUUUCUUAUCACAGGCAUGGUGGCCAGUAUGAAAAGUGCAAAUUGACCAACCCAGAGUAAUUGCGAGGCCAUCUCUGUGCUCUCUCCAGUAAAACUCCUACCUUCAUUACAAUUCAUGAAAUGCAGCCCAUCCCCAGGAAAUGUGGAGAAAUGCAAAUGUUUCAGGAGUGGUGGAGGCGGUGGUGGUCUGCUGGGAGAGCAUUGUGUCCCGCUCAGGUUGGCCAUGACUCUUAUUUAAUGUGGCAGAGCCCCACGCACCCCAUCACACACACUACACUACGCAUGCAGACACACACAGACAGCUACACACUCUGUCACCAACUCUAUGCCACACAACAACAUGUGUCUUGUUUUUCCAGGCACUGCUGCAGCAUGACAAUGAGGUGGGUACAUGCCAAUCCAUUGCUAAAGUUUUGUGAAUGAUAGUUUCUAGUCAUGUUAUAGAUGUUUGAUCAUUAUAGUUAGUUAUUAGAUAUGAGUUAUUAGUUACAGUCAUUAUAGUUAUAGUUAUUAGAAGUAAAAACAAAUAUUGGCAUUUAUAGAUACAAUUGGUCAAUUUAUAUUUUUUCAAGACUACACAGUGACUGAUACCGUUGUAAGUGAAAUUCUCCAUAAGAUAUGAAUCAUACUGUAUAUUGUAAUGCUUUGAGGUAGUACAACGUUCUGUUAUGAGAUCAUUUCAUCCCUCAGGUAUGUUGUAAUGAAUGUAUAGCCUACAGCUAGUUUUGUUUUAUUCCACUAUAUGCAUUGUAUCUAAUGAAUUCCAUUACUUGUAAUGUGCUUUCAUUUGGCACAGGAACAAUGUAAUUUUUCUUCAGUGUUAGGUUUCCGCUAGUGCAGUUUUGAUUGAAUACCAGACAGAAACUUAGAUGCUUAUUGCAGCAUGUGACAGCCUUUCCUCUCUAUUGGGUUGGAAUUAACUGCAACAGGGUGAUACACUUUAAAUGUUUCUUUACUCUAUAAAAAAACUAUUACACCCUCCCCAAUAACAAAAUCUGCAAUGACACAGAAUUACUUUAUCUCAAAGCCACUGUACAUGUAACAGUGGAGGCUGCUGAAGGGAGGAUGGCUCAUAAUGAUGGCUGGAAUGGAGUCAAUGGAAUGGUAUCAACCACAUGGUAACCACGUGUUUGAUGUGUUUGAUACCAUUCCAUUAACUCCAUUCCAGACAUUAUUAUGAGCCAUCCUCCCUUCAGCAGCCUCCACUGAUAUGUACUCCUCCAUCCAUAUGUUUGCCAGUAUAUAUAGCUAGCAGGGUAUGGAAUAUAGACAUCUACAGGGACUGUAUAUAUCCACAGUACAGUAAAUGGCAAAUUCAAAGAGCUACUUCACAAAUACAGCAGUGGAUAGGAUUAUAGAGUUGAGCUGACAGCCCGUAAAUUGGAUUUUAGUCAAACCAGGAGAGGGGGGGUUGUGAACACAAAUUGUAGGGGUACAACACUGACAAAAAUGAGAAAUGUGCCAUUUUCAAGAUAGACACAGCACUGUACUGACAGACAACAUCCAAUUUGCAAACGUGAUUUCAUGAAACACAAGGAGAGAGGAAGAUAUUCCUAUACCAUUCCAAAUGGCUGAUAAUAGUUGUUCUAAAGAAGCAGUGUAAAUACACAAUAAACCAGCUACCCAUUAUUUCCUGUCAACUGUUGCCUGUCAAUACACAUGAUGCAUAUUUGUACACAAUUCGAUUUGAUUUGUGUCGCACUCUUCUCUCAUCUCAAUCCAUGUGUAUAUUCCUGAGAACAGCCAUUUCAACUUGCUGUUUCAGAAAUGCUACAUGCCAUUUCAGUGUGGGAAUGGAAGGCUUGGAGAUGUGCGACACCAGAGGCACAACAUCACCAAAAAAGAUGUAUUAGAUUGAAUCUGAUAAAAAAGAAUGACUUGAGAAAAUAGUAGUUUUAACAGUGAGCUAAUGGUGAAGUUUUGUGUGGGUGGAUGUACAGGAAGUGCAUGAUGAUUGCAAUACUGACAUCGACAAACAUCGCCCCCUGUUGGAACUAGUCAGAAUAUACAGUAUAUAGCGGAUCCUUUUCAACACAACCCAACCCAACACAGAUCAGGAAACGAUCAACUAUAAAGACUCAAUGUAAAUUGAGAAUGUGUUUUACAAUAAAUUCAGCUAUUUCAUAAUAGAGAAGAGCUUACAAGUGAUAUUGAAAUGAUUUACCUCUACUGUACCUUACAAACACCGAGUCAUUGCAUUGCACAAGCAGGAACUAUGCACAGCCAAUAACACAGAGGAUGUUUUAUAUUAUGAAUUCAUAAAAGGUCCCAAACAUAAUAAAAUAGAGAAAUAUGUUAUUUAGGUAAGGUACAGAUCUGGAAAUUUCAUGGAAAAGGACCUUAUAAAAAGGACCUUUUGGAUCCUGAGUGGCGCAGCGGUCUAAGGCACUGCAUCGCAGUGCUAGAGGCGUCACUACAGACCCGGGUUUGAUCCCGGGUUGUAUCACAACUGGCCGUGAUCAGGAGUCCCAUAGGGCGGCGCACAAUUGGCCCAGCAUCGUCCGGGUUAGUGGAGGGUUUGGCCGAUGUAGGCCAUCAUUGUAAAUAAGAAAAUACAAAAAAACAUAAGUGGGACACCCUCCCAAACCAACUGCCCACAUCUUCAUCAACACACAUAAACACACACACACACCAAAAUGAUGAAACAUGAAACAAACCCUAUUGAAACACACCAUAGCAUGAUGGUAACAAAUGAAGCCCUUUAGCUCAGGCCAGGCAAUUGCAGUGGACUCCAUUGUCUUCAGGUUUUCUCUGCUGGAGUGCACACCAGUCUGCAGUUUCAGGCAAUCUGCAGGUCCAGGACCUCAAUAACCGGGGUCUUCUCUUUCGCUCGCUCCAUUUUUUCCACCUCCUCCCUCGCUUCCCCCAUCUUCUCCUCCUCCUCGGUGCCCGUUCAGGACUGGCUGGAAGGGUCACAUGUGACAGUGCUGAGAGUCCGCGAGUCACAGAGCAGUGCUACAGAGAUAAUUGCCAUGUGAUAGAGGUGAUUGCCUGCUGGCACCAGGGGAGAAUAAUGCCAUCAGGUUGCAAUAAAGAGGCAGAUGCCUGACAGUAAAUGGAUGCUGUAGCACGGGCAACUUGUUCCCUGCUUCUAUUCUUAUUUUUUCCAUUUCAGAGCGAGAAAAGGUUAUGGCCAUGAUGAUGAAGAUUCAGUUCAAUGCAAUUUAGCUCUUUGUCUGCCACAGACAUUUUGCUAUCUACUGCCAAGGAUAACUAAGAAGAAAUAUACUGUAGCAAUGGCUUCUGAAUAUGGAUGAAAGUCUUAGAAAAAAGAAAAACACAUGAAUAGUAAAAAAUGACUCUGAAUAUCUCUGUCAACAAUUCCAGUUGGUGGACAGAGGCUUUUUAUCAGAGCCAGUUUGUAUUACCCACUUCAUUCCAACAUAAUUACAUGCUUGAGCUUCCAAUUUGCUGCAUUUUAAUUCUGAAAAAGCAUCACUGAAUGCCAUGUUGUUAUCCAUGACAAUCUGGCAGCUGGCAUGAAGGACUGCAUUAUCUAUGCAUGUAAAGUAACAGCUAUGCGGAGACUUUCUGCCUCAGUCUGUUAUUCUACCAUCUAGGCCUGCUGCAGCUUCCAUCAACUUGUAUAGGCCACUAGCAAAUGGGUUGCAAGCUUAUUAGAGUAAGCCCAAGUCCCCAGCUCCUAUUGAAAGCAGGAAGAAGAGCCUGAGAGGGGGACAAAAGCCAGUGACUGGUGUGACAGUAUGCUCUGAUACAGGGGCCAAUCAGAUCAGAGGCCUUCUACCCCAAACCUCCAACCCCAGUCUGAACUUAAUGAGGGCAUUAACACCAUCUCUAUCCCACACCAACCACAGCUCUCACAUUGACUUCCUCUCAUUGUUUGUUUUCUCGGUCGUGCUUUUGUUUAGUUCUCCUCGCCGCCCCUUUUUCCAAACCCCUAACAGCUCAAUUUAUCUUAUUCCGAGCAAAAUGGAUGAUCCCCAUUUGUCAUGUUGAUAAAAUUAUGCAAAUGACAAAAGGAGUUAAUAGAUAGUGGUGGUAAGGCAUGUAGCUAAUGGAUGAGGUGCCAGCGGCGCCCGUUUUGUGGCAGGACAGCCGCUUUUAGGUUACCUGACAGGGGCAUUGAGGGAAAAAUAAUUGGCUUUUCCUAUCCAGGGACUCCAUGCAAAUACAGGGAGAGUGGCAUCUUCUGCCUCAGCCGCACAAUAUUGUCAUUAACAUCAGAGCUAGCUAGUGGCGAAGGCAUUUGAUUUCUGCUUAGCUGAGUCAGACUGGGGGUGCCGAUCCACUUUUUCAACAGGACGGAGGGAGCUGUGGGAUAUUAAACAGGUAUAGGGAGCAAUGGGAUUGUCCGAUUGUGUCCAUGUUUUUCCUCCACAUACCUGCAUUCCUCAUCAUGAAAUACAUGCCCUACAAAAGAGCAUUGAUUUCCCAGAUAAACCCACUGAUCCAGAGGUUGCAAACACCUUCGUACAAUGAUGGAUUUUCUCUGGAAUUAGGCCCUCAGUAUCUGAGACUGAGUGCAGAAAUACUAGACGUGUUCGUGGGUAUAUUCUAGGCAGUAUUGGAUAGAGAAUGGGUUUAGCUGUGUGUUCGUGCUAAGUGGUGUCAGCCCAGUUCUUUAUCAGUGUGUCCAGUGUAAAUGGACUGCCAUUACAGGUUGCUGCUCGUGACACGCCAGUGGCACCGCAGCAAGUUCAAAAGAUCCUAGAAAGCGGAGCCACUGAGAGAUGUCACUGCCCCUCCACUUUACCUUACACAACCAGAGAGGGACACUCACAGAGAAGUUUGACAAAGGAAGAUAAAUGCAAUUCAAUUCUGCCUCUGAACUUUCCCAGUUCCCUAGAGACAGGAAUAAUGUGCACAUGUCAAUCCGUUGAUUUGAAUGAGCCCAACAGACAGCUAUUGAAAGAUUCCUACAGCUGCUGACAGCCCUCCGACUGUGAGGAUAGACAGAUUCACUAAACAUAGGUUGACAGACUUUUAUUUUCUUUCCUUUCUUUUAUUCCGCUCUACUUUCCAUGCGCUAUACAUCCAUCAACCCCAUCUAUACCUCCCUCUACUCUAACUUUCCUAUGCUCAUCUCUCCCUCUCUCCACCCUCUCUCUCACUCCGUCUCUUUCUCCAUAAUUUCCUCUCUCUUUUUCUCUCUCUCUCUCUCUCUCGCUUUAUUCUAAAUCUCGCUCACUGCCCAUCCCUCAUUUCCCUCUCAUUCUCUCUCUUCUCCCUCCAUCUAUACUAACCUCUCUCCCUCUCUCUUCCUCUCUCUCCCUCUCUUUCCCUCCCUCCUGUUCCCCCAGCUCAUGCAGCAGCAGGCAGCCAUCAUGGCAGCGAGCCAUGGGGGCUACCUGACACCCAGCAUGGCCUUCCCCGCCACCCAACUCCACCAGAUGGGGGCACUCAGCAUCAACGGCCUCCCACCCAACUCCAUGACCCCGGUGUCUGGUGAGUUCCAUCAGGCACUGGGUAAGCAAUGCGUUUCAUUCUCUUUGGGUGAGUGGGUGUAUGCGUAUGUGUGUUUAUGUGUGUGGGGGGAGUUUGGGAGAUGGGGGGAGGAAGAGGGAAGAGAGAACUCAGACUGCAGCAAGGCCAAGAGAAAUGGGAAAUGUAGUGCCUGCCUACUGAUAAUCCAAAAAUAUUCUGUUGGAGAAAAAUGAAAAGAAAAAUACAUCUGAUGUGAUUUGCAUAUUUAUGUAGUGUAUGCAGAUAUAUUUUGGUGCAGUAAAUCGAAUCGGGAGCAUAAUAGAUAUGUUUACAGGUACAGGCACUAAUUUCUCCUCCGUCUUUUGACCUUGUGCUUUGAAACACUUACACAGGAUCUGCAUGCAAUUCCCUCAGUUUUCCAUUACAAACGGCCCCAACAUUCUAUACAGACACAUUAAAGGGAGCGCAGCAGAGAUUUGAGAUAGCUACCGCAUAACAUUUGCUUAUUCAGCAAUAUUUAAUUUUUGUAAAACUGAGGAACCCACAAGAUCCUCUCUCACAAAGCAUGCAUCGAAAUGAAUAAUACAAAAUCUAAGUCUUUGUUGUGUUUAUUUGUAUAUUUCCCCGACAUUGCAGUAUAGUGAGUUUGGUAACUGUAUAACAAUAUAACUGUAACUGUAUAACUGUGAGGGAAUCAACAGUCAAGACUACGCAUCAGUCUGACAUUACCCAUUUUAAAGCACCUUUACGUUCUACUCUAAAAAUCAAUAUCACAGGCUAGAAUGGGUUCUGUCAGUGACCAUCUCUCUCCUGUCUCUCUCUUCAUUCUCUCUCUGUCUCUCUCUGUCUCUCUCUCUCUCUCUCACACACACUCACUCACUCACUCACUCUCUCUCGUAUGACUUAAUACAUGCAUGUAUAUAUGAUGGAACAGGCCAAUAUGCACAUGCUGUAUACUGUAUAUAUACACUACCAGUCAAAAGUUUGGACACACCUACUCAUUCAAGGGUUUUUCUUUAUUUAUACUAUUUUUUACAUUGUAGAAUAAUAGUGAAGACAUCAAAUCUAUGAAAUAACACAUAUGGAAUCAUGUAGUAACCAAAAAAGUGUUAAACAAAUCAAAAUAUAUUUUAUAUUUGAGAUUCUUCAAAUAGCCAUCCUUUGCCUUGAUGACAGCUUUGCACACUCUUGGCAUUCUCUCAACCAGCUUCAUGAGGUAGUCACCUGGAAUGCAUUUCAAUUAUCAGGUGUGCCUUCUUAAAAGUUAAUUUGUGGAAUUUCUUUCCUUCUUAAUGCGUUUGAGCCAAUCAGUUGUGUUGUGACAAGGUAGGGUUGGUAUACAGAAGAUAGCCCUAUUUGGUAAAAGACCAAGUCCAUAUUAUGGCAAGAACAGCUCAAAUAAGCAAAGAGAAACAGUCCAUGAAGGUCAGUCAAUACGGAACAUUUCAAGAACUUUGAAAGUUUCUUCAAGUGCAGUCGCAAAAACCAUCAAGCGCUAUGAUGAAACUGGCUCUCAUGAGGACCGCCACAGGAAUGGAAGACCCAGAGUUACCUCUGCUGCAGAGGAUAAGUUCAUUAGAGUUACUUGCCUCAGAAAUUGCAGCCCAAAUAAAUGCUUCACAGAGUUCAAGUCAAAGACACAUCUCAAAAUCAACUGUGUGAAUCAGGCAUUCAUGGUCAAAUUCCUGCAAAGAAACCACUACUAAAGGACACCAAUAAUAAGAAGGGACCUGCUUGGGCCAAGAAACACGAGCAAUGGACAUUAGACCGGUGGAAAUGUGUCCUUUGGUCUGGAGUCCAAAUUUGAGAUUUUUGGUUCCAACUGCUGUGUCUUUGUGAGACGCAGAGUAGGUGAAUGCAUGUGUAUUUCCCACCAUAAAGCAUGGAGGAGGAGGUGUUAUGGUGUGGGAGUAAUGGCAGAGUGAAGGAAAAUCAGCCAACAAGUGCUCAGCAUAUGUGGGAACUCCUUCAAGACUGUUGGAAAAUCAUUCCAGGUGAAGCUGGUUGAGAGAAUGCCAAGAGUGUGCAAAGCUGUCAUAAAGGAAAAGGGUGGCUAUUUGAAGAAUCUCAAAUAUAAAAUAUAUUUUUAUUUGUUUAACUAGGCAAGUCAGUUAAGAACAAAUUCUUAUUUACAAUGACGGCCUACACCGGCCAAACCCGGGCCAAUUGUGCACCGCCCUAUGGGACUCCCAAUCACAGCCGGUUGUGAUACAGCCUGGAAUCGAACCAGGGGGUCUGUAGUGACGCCUCAAGCACUGAGAUGCAGUGCCUUAGACCGCUGCGCCACUCGGGAGCCCUGUGUUUAACACUUAUUUGGUUACUACAUGAUUCCAUAUGUGUUAUUUCAUAGUUUUGAUGUCUUCACUAUUAUUCUACAAUGUAGAAAAUAGUAAAAAUAAAGAAAAACCCUAGAAUGAGUAGGUGUGUCAAACUUUUGACUGGUCCUGUAUAUGCACUAAGUUAAGCGUUGUAGUUGGUGGAGGCUGGAGAGGGGCUAUUUGUCAAAUAUUUACAGUAACAUUUUUUACACAGGUAAUCAAUCAAAGACAGUGAUUAAAAGUAUAGCUGAGGUGCUUCUUGUCUGUUGGUAAUACAGGACAUAAUUACACUGCAUUGUAUGUGUUGUGUUCAGUAUUUAUACUGAAGCUUGACUGCAGUAUAGUACUACUGUUAUGAAAGACCAAGAGACAGGAUCACCACAUGUACUUUAUAUGCACACAUUGUAUGGACUAUGUAUGCAGUAAAUACAUAAUACUGAUUUGAAAUAUACAGAAGUGCAUAAUCAAUACCGGGAUAUAAAGAAAAUAUAAUUGAGUCAUAUCAGAUAUUAAUUUCAUAUACAUUUAACCUUUUCAAAGGGCUUCAUGAUACUGCAUCACCUUGUUCGAGAGAGCAAUCCACUAUGUUAUAAUCAUAAGCAAAAUAGGCUUUUGCGGGGGGUUGGAAUCAAUGGUGUAUCAAUCUGCAAUGCAAGGAGCUUAAUGAAUUGGCCUUUGGUAUUGAAAAGAGCUCACCAUGGUGUGUGUUCCCUCUCAGGAACCCGAGAAGCGCUGAAGUAUGUCUAGCAUUUGACACGCUUCUGUGUAAGCUACAGUCUGCUGAUUACUUUUAUUAUUGAAUCCAAUGCAUUAUUAAUUACUGCAAGAGAGAGAAUUUCCAAGGACUACAAUAAAUAUGAAAGGAAGUUGUAUUCCAUUCAUUGGAGUCUGUGCUGAUAGGCAGUAGACUGGUGUAUGUAUGCAGCAUCCUCCCCGUUCACAUGUCGACUGGUCCCAUGACUUAUUUAGAGUUAAUUGAAGGAGCACAUAAAAUGACUUGCAAGGCUGUCUGUUUAAGGGGUCUGAGAGGUUCUACAGCCACUCAGAGACUUUGGGACUCAUACAGUAAAUAAGUGGAAUAAUUCAUUGUAAUGUUAGAGACAUGCUUUCAUGUUCUUUACUGAUGCUGGCCCACAAAGUUGUCUCAUGGACUCUCCAUAUCUUGACACAAAACAUUGCCACUAUACUUAGAUAUGUCCAAAAAUUCAGCAGUGCCAAAUAUGUGGCCUAGACAUCAAAUAUAGAAAGGUUUUAGCCUCUAUGUUGAUAACCUUAGCCUAAAUCUCUCUUUAAUAACCGAAGAAGUCCAUUGCAUAUCACUGGAUGAUGACAGGCGCCUCGCUAAAUCCCACAAUGCAGUGCCUGCAUUACCAUAAAUUACAAACAGUGUCGUAAAGAUUACCAUUCAAAGCCUGGCUGAUCUUGAGGUAAAUGUGAUGCAUUACUCUCUCUUUUAAUGAUCUGAAUCACCUCUGCGCCCGCCUGCCUAUCACAACAUAAAGCUUGUGUACCACAGAAUAAAAAGUUUAAAGAGCCUGAAAGGUUAAGGGGUGCUUUCUGAAAACAAUGAAACACCCAUUUGAUUAACAGAUGUAAAGCAUUUCAGCUUGAUGGCGUAUAAGCAGCCUGCCAGAUGGUUGACUUGAUUAGAGCAUGUAUCCUUACAGUGAUGCAUGAUGAUGCUUUUUGACAAUAAUGUUCAGCAGGUGCACUUCUUGAGCUACAAGAUAAAUAAAAAUGAAACUAAAAAAAGAUGCCGAUCCCAGGGGGAUAGAUAGGGGGAGGGGAACGGCAGUGCUUUGUUAGGUCGAUCACAUGAGCAGGAAGGGUGUAAUCAAAGUCACAUAAUGUUAUGUUCCAGAGCACUGCUCUACAUGGGCUGAAUACAUCCAUUACAUACAUAUAGGGCCCUGCCUAACAACACUCCCAUUCAAUUCAGCCCUGAUUGUGUCACUGAUGGAAGUGGGUUUAGAUUGGGGUCAAAAACAUGAUGCAGGACGAUUCCACAGAGUGACUAAUGCCACAGUUGAAGCUAAUGAGCUGUUUGACACAGUGUUUUUGACCCCCUGAAUGGCUCUAAGCAGCACUACGCCUCAGUGGGAACGCCUGCCUGCCUGCCUGGGCUCAGGGCGGCCUCACCUUGGGUUGCUGUGUGUCACGUUAGCCACGGGAUACCAGCUCAGACAGAAUACCCCCUUUGGCACAAGCCACAUUCAUCCUACCAGGGUUGCUGCGUACAGACCACUAUACCGAAUCACAUUUCAUACAAUAUGUACCAUAUAUAGUCUCACCAUCAUCUAAUAGAGCACCAUUUUUCAGCAUGGACUUUAUCACAUUAACAUGGAUAACACCUUUUAAUGACAAAAAGUAAUUUUCAGUAGCAUUAGUAGAUCUCUUGCAAUCUUAAUCUACACCCUUUAUAACAUUUUAGAUCUUUUUUCAUUAACAUUUGAACAACCAGAACAGUUUGACUGCAGUUUGCCCUCUGAGUACGAAUGCACCUAGUUUUUAAAUCAACUAAAUUAAAACAUCUGUUAUGAAUGCUUAUUUCUUGCUUCGCUGAGAGACAGUCCUUGUGUUCAUAAUGACUGUGGAGCUCUGCAAAAUGGGUCCAGUGCUCCUUGUUGAUUUGAAUGUAUAAUUAGCAUAAUAAAUACUAUUAUGCUUCCUUCUCAGCGCAAUCAUCGCAGGGUGUAAAUCAACAAUUUUCCCAAAGAACAGACUGUAAUAAUGUAAAUGUAAUUAUGCUUUCAUAACAUAAAACCAAGUGGAAUAUGUAGUAGACUUACUUCAUGGAAUAAUAACCUUAGAAAACUGACAGGUAAGACCGUGUUGUGUAAUAUAAGCAAUCUCUUGACCCGUAGUAUCCUAUUUACCCAUUCUGGAGUGCAAAACAACAUGUCAUUAUUAUGGGACAAUGCAUUCAGUAAACAGGCAUAUGUAAACAGGCACAUGCUUGUGUGUGUAUUGUAAACACGCUAUGAAUAUGAUUUUCACAAUGCGAGGCUCUAUGUCCACUGGAGUAUAAAAUGAAAUGUCUUGUUAUGUAUGGCACCGUGGGAGUACAAUAUUUCUCCCAACUCGAGCUAGAAAGACAUUUGCUUAGGUCACAAUAUUUAUCCUACUCUAGCUAGAAGUACAUUGGCUGAGGUUUGAUCAUGUUUAAGAACAUAAUAUUUGAGCAGUAACGGUAGUUCAUCUAAUGGUAUGGUUGUGUGAAAAGUAAUAUGCAGGAAAAUGAAAUCAUAUUCUCAGUAUAUUCUUUGUAAUCCCACUUGUCCUUAGAUAGGUACUACAAGUUUUUGAGCAGUUUCGGCCUCUUCUCAGAGCUGAGUAGCAUUAAUUAUUAAAUGUGCUUGCUGAAAGCAAAGCACAACUUUAGAAACUGUUCAUACUUAUUAUUAUUACUAUUACUAUUAUUAUUAUUAUUAUUAUUAUUAUUAUUAUUAUUAUUAUUAUUAUUAUUAUUCGCCUCCCAUUGCCACCUGUAGGGCCAAAACCGUAAAAGCUACCAACACCAAAAUAACUUUCAAACAUGCAGACUGGCACUGAUGCUUGAAAAAAAGCAUAAAUCUCAAUGCAUUUCAGGUGCCAUAGACUUGAAUGGGAAAAAUUCCGGUCGCUACUAGUCUUCAACCGUUUAAGAUUGAAACGCCAUUCAAACUUUAAAACGUGCAGACUGGUCUAUAAUAGUGUGCUUGUAUGCAGCUUUUUGAUACCAUUUAUACUUUUUGAACUAUAACCAUUUAAGAUGUGCAUAAAGCUCCAUAGACUUCAAAGGUACAUUUUGGAUACACCACAGACUGACUCAACUUAGAUGGCUUUAACACAGCUUUUUGCUUCCAUUCCCACUUCAAAACUAUAAAGCUUGUUGUAUCCCCAUUCAUUUCAAUGGUGGAACGCAGGCUUCAACAUUCUAAACUGAAAUUACUGCUACAACACUUUCAGAAUGUUCAAACUAGAACAUUUUGAGAGCUUAAAAAUACUUUUAUUACACUAUUAUUAUUAUUGUUUAGGGAAAACCUAUUUAGACCAGGGUCUCAUUCCCAAGGGUGCCCUGAUCACAGUAAUACAUUCUAUGGCUUAUGAUGAUAUAGUACUCACUCUAGCCUACUAAACUAGCCCACUAUAACCCACUAUAAUAACUCCACAGCUACAAACCAAAAAUAGGUCACUAUAACUAACCCAUAGCCUAUGAAAACCCUAUUACUACCAUUACUACUACUACAAUUACUACUGCCGUCACUACCACUACUAUUAUUAUUUUACAACCAUAAAUACUUCAAGACUAGCAAGCACACCGCAUCUACUUCAGUAAAUGUAUUUUUCUAGUUUAAAGCUGUCGUCUCUCACAUUACACUUGGACAUGGCUCCCUGCAUGUCUGUGUCUCGUCCCUGAUCCACUGGGCUCUCUCUGGCACCCAAGGUCCCCAACAAGCACAAUCUCCCACCCUGUGACUUUUAGAAUCUCCUUUCUCUGGGCUCUUAUCACACGUGCGAUGCGUCUGCCUGCUGACCCUGAAGCACACGGUGGCCGCGGCCCACUGCUAAGCCUUGGAAAAUGAAUUUCCCUGAUGAUGGAGAGGCUGCAUUAUGGCGCAGUACAAUAGAGUGCGUGGGGUCGGCCAGACUGGCUGUCUGAACCCUCAGAACGGGGAGCAGCAGUCUCCUGGGCCCCGCCAGAGAAUGGGCCAGAGCUGCAGUCUAAUUCAUCAGAGUUCUGCAGGAAACAAGCAAACGCAGGGAGCUUAAAAAAAGGAAAUGGUGCAAAAGACACAACAGCUCUCGCCGGGACCCGGGCAAUUCCCCUGGUCACAGCGGUUGGCUGCAUGAGUGUCAGGCUCCCCACUGCUUAAACUGUGCUCCGAGUGCGUGGGUAGUCUCAGGCUGACAUGGCUCUGUGCGGGUUUUUCUGUGUGUGAUCCACAGCCUAUUUACCAAGGCAUUAGCAUUACUCCCAGCCAUGCAGCAUAGCAUACCCACCAUAUGUAUCCAUCCCUAUGUGGACUUUUCUUUAGGGGCUCUUUACCGAGGCGGACAAAUUGCUAUGAUGGCAUGCCUGAGGGUUUCCGUGACAACAGGCCUUUCUGUCCAAUCCCUUCUUGGCUCCAGAUUGAAAGGUGUUCCCCAGGGGGCCCGUUUCUCAGUGAGGGCUGAUGCUCUACCACGGAGCAGCCUUUCAAAGUAUCCAUCAUCCAUAGUGAGAUCCUCCUCAAAUGGACUCAUUCACAUUCCGCACAAGAUUGCACACUUUCAACAAGAGGCUGGUUUAAAAUUCAUCGAAUGAGAGAGGAGCAUCCAAUUCUAUUCUAACCGUGAAACAUCCUGCAACCGUGUGUGUGUGUGUGUGUGUGUGUGUGUGUGCUUAUGUGUGUGUGUGUUACAGUUGAAGUCGGAAGUUUACAUACACCUUAGCCAAAUACAUUUAAACUCAGUUUUUCACAAUUCCUGACAUUUAAUCCUAGUAAAAAUUCCCUGUCUUAGGUCAGUUAGAAUCACCACUUUAUUUUAAGAAUCUGAAAUGUCAGAAUAAUAGUAGAGAGAAUGAUUUAUUUCAGCUUUUAUUUAUUUCAUCACAUUCCCAGUGGGCAAAAGUUUACAUACACUCAAUUAGUAUUUGGUAGCAUUGCCUUUAAAUUGUUUAACUUGGGUCAAACGUUUCAGGUAACCUUCCACAAGCUUCCCACAAUAAGUUGGGUGAAUUUUGGCCCAUUCCUCCUGACAGAGCUGGAGUAACUGAGUCAGGUUUGUAGGCCUCCUUGCUCGCACACACUUUUUCAGUUCUUCACACAAAUAUUAUAUAGGAUUGAGGUCAGGGCUUUGUGAUGGCCACUCCAAUACCUUGACUUUGUUGUCCUUAAGCCAUUUUGCCACAACUUUGGAAGUAUGCUUGAGGUCAUUGUCCAUUUGGAAGACCCAUUUGCGACCCAGCUUUAACUUCCUGACUGACGUCUUGAGAUGUUGCUUCAAUAUAUCCACAUAAUUUUCCUUUCUCAUGAUGCCAUCUAUUUUGUGAAGUGCACCAGUCCCUCCUGCAGCAAAGCACCCCCACAGCAUGAUGCUGCCACCCCCAUGCUUCACGGUUGGGAUGGUGUUCUUCGGCUUGCAAGCAACCCCAUUUUUCCUCCAAUCAUAACAAUGGUUAUUAUGGCCAAACAGUUCUAUUUUUGUUUAAUCAGACCAGAGGACAUUUCUCCAAAAAGUACUAUCUUUGUCCCCAUGUGCAGUUGCAAACUGUAGUCUGGCUUUUUUAUGGCGGUUUUGGAGCAGUGGCUUCUUCCUUGAUGAGCGGCCUUUCAGGUUAUGUCGAUAUAGGACUCGUUUUACUGUGGAUAUAGAUACUUUUGUAGCUGUUUCCUCCAGCAUCUUCACAAGGUCCUUUGCUGUUGUUGUCGGAUUGAUUUGCACUUUUCGCACCAAAGUACGUUCAUCUCUAGGAGACAGAACGCGUCUCCUUCCUGAGCGGUAUGACAGCUGCGUGGUCCCAUGGUGUAUAUACUUGCAUACUAUUGUUUUUUUGUUUUAUUUGGGGGGGGGGGGGGGGUGCAUACUAUUGUUUGUACAGAUGAACAUGGUACCUUCAGGCAUUUAGAAAUUGCUCCCAAGGAUGAACCAUACUUGUGGAGGUCUCCAAUCUUUUUUCUGAGGUCUUGGCUGAUUUCUUUUGAUUUUCCCAUGAUGUCAAGCAAAGAGGCACUGAGUUUGAAGGUAGGCCUUGAAAUACAUCUACAGGUAUAUCGCCAAUUGACUCAAAUUAUGUCAGUUAGCCUAACAGAAGCUUCUAAAGCCAUGACAUCAUUUUCUGGAAUUUUCCAAGCUGUUUAAAGGCACAGUCAACUUAGUGUAUGUAAACUUCUGACCCACUGGAAUUGUGAUACAGUGAAUUAUAAGUGAAAUAAUCUGUCUGUAAACAAUUGUUGGAAAAAUUACUUAUGUCAUGCACAAAGUAGAUGUCCUAACCGACUUGCCAAAACUAUAGUUUGUUAAGAAGACAUUUGUGUGAGUGGUUGAAAAACAAGUUUUAAUGACUCCAACCUAAGUGUAUGUAAACUUCUGACUUCAACUGUAUGUGCUCAUGGUGUGUCAAACUAUCUGAUAUUUUUCAUGAUAUAUAAAGAGAGUAGGCCUCUCAGUGUUUUGCUACCCGUGUCCACACUGAAUAAAUGUUUCACUGUAAUCUCCCCUAUCUCGUCAGAAUGUUACUGGAGUUGCAUAGUGGUUUCAUCAUCCUGUUCGCACUCGGAGCCAGCAGGCUAUCGCACAAACACUACAGACAGGCUCAUUUUUCACAGGUUGACUUCCCAGUGAUCCAGCGGGAUGUGUCACCAUCCGCGCCUGCUAUGUGACAGUUUCAUGUAGGAAUCCUGUCCUUGUGAUGGAGAGGAGGUGUAGCGAGCAAAAGUGUGUGUGUUUGUGGGUAUAUGUGUGUGUUGGAUAGUCUGUAAAAGUAGAAAUGUCUUUGUCUCUCGGCAGGCCUCAGCUCUCCACCAGCCAACAUCACCACUCCCAGCAUCGUCACUCCCAUCGUCAACGGCUUCACGGGCAUCCCCCACCAUCAGCCCAACGGACAUCCCGCCGUGGAGACCAUGUACACCAACGGCCUGCCGCCCUACUCCACCCAGAGCCCCACCGCCGCAGACACCCUCCAGCAAGCCUUCACCGGAGUACAGCAAUACACAGGUAGGCCUUAUGUACACACUGAGAUAAGCCCUCAAGGCUUGGGUGCAGUAAAUUAAUAUGAUGCAUUUUUUGUAGCAUGGUAAUGAAGCCCUACACUACUUUCAUACUUGCAACACAUUUUCUACUUUAUCUCUACCAGUUAACAGUAUGUAAGGGAUAAUCAACGAGGGGCUAUGCGUUCUAUGUGAAAAUAAUGAACGAUGUGGAAGGUGUGUUCCACGACGCGCUAGCAGAGUGGAACUAACCUUCCACGGAGUUGCAUUAUUUUCCAGAGAACGCAUAGAGCCCCGAGAUGAUUAUCCCUUUUAUAGCAUGGCUAUAAUUUAACACAUUUGCUACUAGAAAUGUGUUCAUUUUCCGGUAGAAAUGUGUUCAGCAUCUACUGAAGUAGCUUGCAAGUUUAAUAGAUUGCUACAGUAGUUGCCAUGGUAACCAAACAAACAGACUUGCUAGUUUAGCUAACCAAACCACAGUUAGUUAUAAAAAAUCUUUGACCAAACCAUCAGUCCUAGUUUGCUAUUAUGGAAAUAGAAUUCAACAAUGCCAAUAAUGUUUUCAAUUUCGACUCAAACAAAACAUCUAAGAAUGAACUAUAGCCAUUGAAUUCUACCAUGCUGAUAUACUGUUCAUUGUAGGGAAAUAAUGCACACUCUAGAAUGCCCUUUAAGCCAAUCAGAAACUAGUAUUCAACAAUGCCAUGGUAUAAUUAAGCAAUAAGGCACGAGGUGGUGUGGUAUAUGGCCAAUAUACCAUGGCUAAGGGCUUUUCUUAUGCACGACGCAACGUGGGGUGCCUGGAUACAGCCCUUAGCGGUGGUAUAUUGGCCAUGUACCACAAACCCCUGAGGUGCCUUAUUGCUAUUAUAAACUGUUUACCAACAUAAUUAGAGCAGUAAAAAUAAAUGUUUUGUCAUACCCGUGAUAUACCACGGCUUUCAGACAAUCAGCAUUCAGGGCUCGAACCACCCAGUUUAUAAUGCAGAUUAUACCAUGGCAUUGUUUAAUACUUGUUUCUGAUUGUCUUGAAGGGCAUUCUAGGACGGGCAUUAUUUCCCUAUAAGGCAUGGUAUAUUUUCACGGAAGAAUUCAGUGGCUAUAGUUCAUUCUUACAUGUUCUAUGUUUGUGCUGCGUUUGAAAGCAAAAGUCGAAUUGAAAACAUUAUUGGCAUUGUUGAAUUCGAUUUUCAUAAUGGCAAGCUAGUACUGAUGGUUUGGUUAGCUAAACUACCAGGUCUGUUUGUUUGGUUACCACGGAAACUACUGUAGCUAUCUAGUAAACUUGCCUGCUACUUCAGAGGAUGUUGAAAACAUUUGUAGCAUGUCAUGGAACACACAUUCCACGUCGUUCAUCAUUUUCCAUAGAACGCAUAGCCCCUCGUUGAUUAUCCCUUACAUGCUACAUUUAAGUGAUAAUGCCCUCGAAGCCGGUGUUUGGAGGAUAUAUUGCACGGGUGUUGUUAAACCGUGCCAAUAUAUCCACCAAACACUGGCUUCGAGGGCGUUAUCAAAUCAAAUCAAAUUUUAUUGGCCACAUGCGCCGAAUACAACAGGUGCAGACAUUACAGUGAAAUGCUUACUUACAGCCCUUAACCAACAGUGCAUUUAUUUUUAAUAAAAAAGUAAAAUAAAACAACAACAAAAAAGUGUUGAGAAAAAAAGAGCAGAAGUAAAAUAAAAUAACAGUAGGGAGGCUAUAUAUACAGGGGGUACCGGUGCAGAGUCAAUGUGCAGGGGCACCGGCUAGUUGAGGUAGUUGAAGUAAUAUGUACAUGUGGGUAGAGUUAAAGUGACUAUGCAUAAAUAAUUAACAGAGUAGCAGCAGCGUAAAAAGAUGGGGUGGGGGGGGAGGCAAUGCAAAUAGUCCGGGUGGCCAUGAUUAGCUGUUCAGGAGUCUUAUGGCUUGGGGGUAGAAGCUGUUGAGAAGUCUUUUGGACCUAGACUUGGCACUCCGGUACCGCUUGCCGUGCGGUAGCAGAGAGAACAGUCUAUGACUAGGGUGGUUGGAGUCUUUGACAAUUUUGAGGGCCUUCCUCUGACACCGCCUGGUAUACAGGUCCUGGAUGGCAGGAAGCUUGGCCCCAGUGAUGUACUGGGCCGUACGCACUACCCUCUGUAGUGCCUUGCGGUCGGAGGCCAAGCAGUUGCCAUACCAGGCGGUGAUGCAACCAGUCAGGAUGCUCUAAAUGGUGCAGCUGUAUAAUUUUUUGAGGAUCUGAGGACCCAUGCUGAAUCUUUUCAGUCUCCUGAGGGAGAAUAGGUUUUGUCGUGCCCUCUUCACGACUGUCUUGGUGUGUUUGGACCAUGAUAGUUCGUUGGUGAUGUGGACACCAAGGAACUUGAAGCUCUCAACCUGUUCCACUACAGCCCCGUCGAUGAGAAUGGGGACAUGCUCAGUCCUCUUUUUUUUUGUAGUCCACAAUCAUCUCCUUUGUCUUGGUCACAUUGAGGGAGAGGUUGUUAUCCUGGCACCACACGGCCAGGUCUCUGACCUCCUCCCUAUAGGCUGUCUCAUCGUUGUCGGUGAUCAGGCCUACCACUGUUGUGUCGUCGGCAAACUUAAUGAUGGUGUUGGAGUCGUGCCUGGCCAUGCAGUCAUGGGUGAACAGGGAGUACAGGAGGGGACUGAGCACGCACCCCUGAGGGGCCCCCGUGUUGAGGAUCAGUGUGGCAGAUGUGUUGUUACCUACCCUUACCACCUGGGGGCGGCCCGUCAGGGAGUCCAGGAUCCAGUUGCAGAGGGAGUUGUUUAGUCCCAGGAUCCUUAGCUUAGUGAUGAGCUUUGAGGGCACUAUGGUGUUGAAUGCUGAGCUGUAGUCAAUUAAUAGCAUUCUCACGUAGGUGUUCCUCUUGUCCAGGUGGGAAAGGGCAGUGUGGAGUGCAAUAGAGAUUGCAUCAUCUGUGGAUCUGUUGGGGCGGUAUGCAAAUUGGAGUGGGUCUAGGGUUUCUGGGAUAAUGGUGUUGAUGUGAACCAUGACCAGCCUUUCAAAGCACUUCAUGGCUACAGACGUCAGUGCUACGGGUCGGUAGUCAUUUAGGCAGGUUAUCUUAGUGUCCUUGGGCACGGGGACUAUGGUGGUCUGCUUGAAACUUGUUGGUAUUACAGAUUCAGUCAGGGAUAUGUUGAAAAUGUCAGUGAAGACACUUGCCAGUUGGUCAGCACAUGCUCGGAGUACACGUCCUGGUAAUCCGUCUGGCCCUGCGGCCUUGUGAAUGUUGACCUGCUUAAAAGUCUUACUCACAUCGGCUACGGAGAGCGUGAUCACAUAGUCAUCCGGAACAGCUGGUGCUCUCAUGCAUGCUUCAGUGUUGCUUGCCUCGAAGCGAGCAUAGAAGUGGUUUAGCUCGUCUGGGAGGCUUGUGUCACUGGGAAGCUCGCGGCUGUGCUUCCCUUUGUAGUCUGUAAUAGUUUUCAAGCCCUGCCACAUCCGACGAGCAUCAGAGCCGGUGUAGUACGAUUCAAUCUUAGUCCUGUAUUGACUCUUUGCCUGUUUGAUGGUUCGUCGGAGGGCAUAGCGGGAUUUCUUAUAAGCGUCCGGGUUAGAGUCCCGCUCCUUGAAAGCGGCAGCUCUACCCUUUAGCUCAGUGCGGAUGUUUCCUGUAAUCCAUGGCUUCUGGUUGGGGUAUGUACGUACGGUCACUGUGGGGACGACAUCAUCGAUGCACUUAUUAAUGAAGCCAGUGACUGAUGUGGUGUACUCCUCAAUGCUAUCUGAAGAAUCCCGGAACAUGUUCCAGUCUGUGCUAGCAAAACAGUCCUGUAGCUUAGCAUCUGUGUCAUCUGACCACUUUUUUAUUUACAGAGUCACUGGUGCUUCCUGCUUUAGUUUUUGCUUAUAAGCAGGAAUCAGGAGGAUAGAGUUAUGGUCAGAUUUGCCAAAUGGAGGGCGAGGGAGAGCUUUGUAUGCAUCUCUGUGUGUGGAGUAAAGGUGGUCUAGAGUUUUUUUUUCCUCUGGUUGCACAUUUAACAUGCUGGUAGAAAUGAGGUAGAACGGAUUUAAGUUUCCCUGCAUUAAAGUCCCCGGCCACUAGGAGCGCUGCCUCUGGAUGAGCGUUUUCCUGUUGACUUAUGGCCUUAUACAGCUCAUUCAGUGCAAUCUUAAUGCCAGCAUUGGUUUGUGGUGGUAAAUAGACAGCUAUGAAAAAUAUAGAUUAAAACUCUCUUGGUAAAUAGUGUGGUCUACAGCUUAUCAUAAGAUACUCUACCUCAGGCGAGCAAAACCUCGAGACUUCCUUAGUAUUUGAUUUUGUGCACCAGCUGUUGUUUACAAAUAUACACAGACCGCCACCUCUUGUCUUACCAGAGUCAGCCGUUCUAUCCUGCCGAUGUAGCGUAUAGCCCGCUAGCUGUAUGUUAUCCAUGUCGUCGUUCAGCCACGACUCUGUGAAACAUAAGAUAUUACAGUUUUUAAUGUCCCGUUGGUAGGAUAACCGUAAUCUUAGGUCAUCCAAUUUAUUUUCCAAUGAUUGAAGAUUGGCUAAUAGGAUUGAUGGGAGCGGCAGUUUACUCGCUCGCCGUCUGAUCCUUACAAGGCACCCCGACCUACGUCCACGAUAUCUCCGUCUCUUCCUCAUGCGAAUGACAGGGAUUUGGGCCUUGUCGGGUGUCUGUAGGAUAUCCUUCGCGGCCACCUCGUUGAAGAAAGAUUAUUCGUCCAAUACGAGGUGAGUAAUCGCUGUCCUGAUAUCCAGAAACGCUUUUUGGUUUUAAGAGACGAUGGCAGAAACAUUAUGUACAGAAUAAAAUUACAAAUAACGCGGAAAAACUCGGAAAAACACACAUAAUAGUACAAUUGGUUAGAGGGCUGUAAAACGGCAGCCAUCUUCUCCGGCGCCACUCGUAUACAACUUUUAUACAAUGGGUUACUAACAUAUUUUCAUUAAAAAACAUUAUUUUGAUGAAUAUAUUCAUACUAUUUCAUCCUUCCACAAGAUAUAGUCCCGACACAAAUCUAAGGUUGCUACCUGUCACGAUCGUUGAGAGAUGGGUCAGACCAAGGUGCAGCGUGGUAUGCGAACAUGUUUAUUAAAAUGGAUAAACACUGACAAAACAACAAAAGGCAACGAAACGUGACGUCGGAAGGCUAUACACAAACAAGCCAAACACACCAAAACACAAACAAGAUCCCACAACCCAGGCAGGAAAACUGGCUGCCUAAGUAUGAUCCCCAAUCAGAGACAACGAGCGAUCACACCCGGCCAAACAUAGAAAUACAAAUACUAGAAUGUCCACAUAGAAAUUCCCACACAUAAUAUUCACACCCUGACUCAUCAACUAGCCAACUCUAUGUCAGGGCGUGACACUACCCAAGCAGGCUGGUCAUUCGUUCUAUCGGUUCGGUUGCCAGAGACACGACCCAGUCGCUAAGUCUUUUUGUUCUGUAUCUAUGGACGCGAGCGACCCAGUCGUUCGUUCUAAAUGUUCCAUUGCCAUACUGGCUGGCAGCGUUCCUAUUUCUUGCUUGCUAGCUAGCCAACUACGGCUAACUUACAGUCACGUCAAACAGUGCAGCCAGAAUAACAGCAAAGUAGCUGCAUUUGCGUUUGUUUAAGCUGCUUUCUAGUGACAUUUAUUUGGAUACAUCCAUAACAAUGAUGUUGAUUUCGCCUGGCAUAGAAAAUGUGCUUUCUCAUCAGGACACUGUUGUUCAGAGGAACUAGCCAACAACACAGCUAACACAAUCACUUCAAACUGAAGUUGGAAAAACUGCAAAAUAGCUGCAUUUCAUUUCGUUUUACCGGUUUUCUAUUGACAUUUCUUUGUAUAUAUCCAUAAAUAUGAUGCCAGCUGAUUCAUGACUUCGAUUGGCAGAAAAGCUGUCUGCCUGUCUGUCUCGUCCCGACUCCCGACACUUUCAUUACUAUGGGACAGCUGGAGAUCAAAUUUCAAUAUUGAAACAAUGUUGCAAAUGUCGGAGAGACAGACAGCAAGGUUUAUACAAAUCUCUGCUGUUGAAAACCAAAUGCUAGUCUAAAAGAAAUGGGAGAUAAUGUCUAGAUGCUUUUUACAUUUUACAUUUUAGUCAUUUAGCAGACGCUCUUAUCCAGAGCGAUUUACAGUUAGUGAGUGCAUACAUUUUCAUAGUGGAGAUCAAGUUUAUAAAUUGCCUGGCUGGGCUGAUGAGACAGUGGAUUGCGCAGUGAGAUGGAACAGAGUAAAUAGGCAUUUCAACAAUAGCUUUAGCCGGUGGUAACUUGUUGUAUAGACACCGGCUGGAAUGCGGUUUUAACCAAUCAGCAUCCAGGAUUAGACCAACCCGUUGUAUAAUGAAUGACAUACUGCAAUACUAUAACUGAAAGCAUACAGCAUAACUGACCGACUAAAAUAAAGAUUCUGUUAAUAGAUACAUAUUUACACAAAUAGUUUGAGUAUUCAGUGAUGACCAAACCUACAGCAGUGUUGACAUGAACCCCCUUGUUUCUCUCUGUGUUUCCCCUUCAAUGUGUUGUAGCUAUCUACCCAGCUGGCACACUGACUCCCAUAGGCCAGACACUGCCUCAGCCAUCACAGGUUAUCCAGCAGCAGCAACAGAGAGAAGGUGAGGGUGAGAGAACAAUAUUACUAUUUUACAACACUCUUUUACAACUAUUUUACGACACUAUUAUAAAUAGUUAAAUAUUCACUGUUAUUGCUUCAUUGCAAUAUUGCUUUAUUGCGAUUUGUAUUUCAUAUUUUGGUAUUACACUUUCCUGGAAAUAUUGUCUAGGUGUUAUAAUGCGGUGAUUAAAUGUUCCCUUUUUAGAAAUGAAAGUCUUACAUAGUACUCCAGCUGCAUGAAGGUAUUAUCUGGGGGGAAAUAAAAGUAAUCAAGCAUCAUUAUCAUCAUCUUUGCAUCUUGGGAUGUGAUGCAGUCUAGCGGGUUGAUUUGGUUUUAACCUUUACCUAAAUGUAGACUACAUGGAGAUUACAUAUGAGGCAUCUAAAGGUUGAUUGCGUUGUGUAAUCCAUUGACUGGGUUCAAACCCAUUUAUAGUCACAUCUCAAUCUGCUUAGUUGAUUGUCCUACACAGAAUUAUGAUGACAACUGUGUGUAAAUGUAAUUUUGGAUUCACUAUUUCUAAAUCAUUACCAAUCAGUUUUUCCUCAAAGACAUAUACAUUUAUUAUUAUGUAGGCCUUUGUCUUGAUUAAGGGUUGAGACGUUUGACUAGAUUAGAUGCUUGAAUAGAGGUUUAAUGCUGCCUGCUCGACAUCUCCAUGAAAACAAAUCAUCAAGGCACCACCUCAGUGAUGUCAUGCCGCCACACCAUGCAAAAUCAAAUAAAAGUAGGAAAAUUCACAAUUUGUAUUUGUGGCGGUAAACCCAGCGUUGUUGUUAUUGAGAGAUAAUGUUACAGAACUCCUAACAAAUGUAUUUCUUUGCCACUCCAUUAGUCGUGCUUCUACGAUCUGUUCCCCGGCCAAAUGAGAAGCAGUGGGUCUGGUCUGCAGGCAGCGGUAAAUAAAGCAGUAAAUAGGUUUGAUUGUGGUUUCCAUGGUUUUUGUGUGUUCGCAGGGCCUGAGGGCUGUAACCUGUUCAUCUACCACCUGCCACAGGAGUUUGGAGAUAAUGAACUCAUGCAGAUGUUUCUGCCUUUUGGGAGCGUCAUCUCCUCCAAGGUCUUCAUGGACCGAGCUACCAACCAGAGCAAAUGCUUCGGUGAGUUUUGUAAUGUAGCUAUAACUGUACAGUAGGUCAUAGAGAGAAGGUCUAUGUUUGUUCUAUCAAUCAAUCUAUUAUAUUAAAUACCGUUAAAUGUAUCGCAAACAAGGCAAUCUGUACUAAAAUAUUUUAAUUGUUAUAUAUUAUGAUAGUAUGAUUCCUGUGCUAUUUCAACAACAUUUUACUUUUACAUUAAACAAGUUGGUAGCCUAUAUUUCCCUUCUUAUCUUACUAAGGAUGUCCUUUGAGUUUGAAAAGCUUUUAGCUAUUUUGUUCACAACAAAUCCUGGGAAUACCAUGUAUGUAGUCACAGUCCCUGUCCCACUGUAUCUGUGUGUAUGCGAAAUUGACCUGAUAACUCAUGUGAGGGCUUCUGCUGUAUCAGCAUCCAGAUCACCGCUCUGUAACCCCACUACUUCCCAAUACCCAGGGCGCACUGGGGCUGAUUCACACGCUAACCUGGCCCUGGCCCACUUGGCUCUGCCAACACACAGACCAGACCUGCCUUUGGGCUUGAAAGAAAAGUGGGGAUGAAGGGAGGGGAGAGAAAAAAAGAGGGUAAGGCAAAGGACAAUUAUAGAUCAACAUUUGUUUUCAAUUCAGGGAGCCGCACAUCCCUGGGCAAAAUUGAUUGCCGCCCGGCUCUCAGGGGGGACUUAAUAACAUAUAAAUUUCCAGUAUUGACUAAUACACUAUGUAUUUACAACGUAAUGUUAGGUCUGGGGACUGGGCUGCUCUGGAGGGUAAUUAAUGUAGAAGGCAGGGAGAGGGAUAAACCCAGACUGAUGGUGCAGGGAGAAAAGCUGACAUGGAGAGCUCCCCUUAAAGCAGGUUUAAGUCCACAUCCUUCCCUGUUAUCUGUGGCAGGGCCGGCCCGGGGCACCCCUCUCAUCCUCUCCUCCUCCCUCUGUCCCCCCUAACCCAUCCCCCUAAUGGGGCAGCGUAGGCAGACACCUCCCCUCCCAGGUGUCAGGGGACCUGGGGAGGCUCCUGCUGUUUUUCCAUGGGUCAUCGACUGUUCCUAAUGACACUAGACGCUGGGGAGUGCAUCAACCGGAGCCACACUCCACUGCAGUUUCUGGUCACUGACUUUCAAGGCUUUAUUUUUACACUUGAUGGAAACAGGAUGCUCAGCAUGAGUUUGGACUUGAGUGUCUGGCGCCGUACGCAUGUGCUUCUGCGUCAGCCUGUCUCUCUGUGUUCGCCUGUGUGGGUUCUGCUUCUCUGUGCAAGUGGAACAGCCACAAUGGCAUGCUCAUUGGUUUAUAUUCAAGAGCAUUUGAGAGUGUUUGCACAAAGCUACAGUACAUUGAGAAGCAAAAUGGUUCAAAUGACAGAAAUUGUUAAAUAUUGUUAAAUAUUGUUCCAAAUAUUACUUUGGUUCCCAUCACAAUAAGCCCUUUGAUAUAAUCUGAACUAGUCCAUGCAUAAUGCUAUUUGAUUGAGCAAGGGCAUUGUCUGAAAUAUUUUAUUUGCUUCCUCAUAAUUAAAUCAUUGGAUACUUAUUCGGCUACUUUCCCCUAUUGACCGUUUUAGCUUUUAGGUUAAUACACUUUGCCUGUCUUUUCUCCUAGGGUUUGUGAGCUUCGACAACCCAGCUAGCGCACAGGCAGCUAUUCAAGCCAUGAACGGCUUUCAGAUUGGAAUGAAGAGGUUGAAAGUCCAGUUAAAACGACCGAAGGAUGCCAGCCGCCCUUACUGACACAGCCUAGCCCUCAGUAUUCACUGCAACAGCACAGGUAAGCCCAGUGGACUUUCUUAUAGACUCAGACUUAUAGAAUGCCUGUCAACUAGAAAUGGGAUAUCUGUCAUCAUGAUAGACAAAGAUAGAUUGAUUUGCAAAUGUGGGCUGGCUUUCUCCAAACCAUCACACUGAUAUAAAACAAAAGAAAGUAAAAUCUAUACAUCAAGACAUCUCAAACAUUCAAAGCAAAGCAAGCUAGAUCUAAACAUGGUUUUGUUGGAUUCUAGCUUGAUAUAUACUUAUUCACAUUACCAUACUAGAACAUAUUGAUUACUUUACAUGUAUAAGGAAUGUAUAUGUUGGGGUCAAUGAAGGGUGAAUAGGAACUUGGUAUAUGGAAAGUUACUGAGUGAGACAAGGGGAAGUGCAGAAAGUUCAUAUUCUGUUCAAACAUGUUAUUGUUGAAUAUCAAUGAUCCUAAGGAGGGAGGCAAAGGGGUCUAGUUUCAGUUCCUGAUAAGGUAGGCCAGCUGCGGAACUAGGAAGGAGCGAGGAAUUCGGCUCGAGGUCAGUCAACAGAUGAAGUGAGAAAAACCCACCCCAACGACCCUCCUACUACAGUCCUAUCUCACACGAAUACACUUCCAUGCCCACAAAGGUUCUAGCAUCAGGCAGGGCUAUGACUACACCAGUGAGAGGAACCAAUUAAGUUCCUGACUAGCAACAGAGAUGAAUUGGCUGUCUAGAUGUGUAAGGAGUUGACCCUGCCUAGUAGGAGGUUAUAAAUAUAUGUGCUUGUGUAAUCAAACCUUGUCUUUGCAGCUGUAUGACCCAGUGUGGUUUAAUAAAUCUAGCUUUCUUCAGAGUCCGACUGGAUCAUUGUACCAGAGCUUAGAACCUAACAAUUUGAACUCUAUUUUUUAGGUUUUGAGGACAACUGAAGAUAUCUUGGAGGAGUUCAACUUUUUUUUUUUUGAAAACAAAAAUUAUGUUUAAAAAAAAUCAACACAAGGAAUUUUCAAAGACAUAUCAGCAUUUACUUAUGAAGAAGACGUAGGCUACUGCAGUGAUGAAUAGAUAGAAGAAGGUGUGAAUGAGUUGGCAGCAGCUACACCGAAGGACUUCAACGCAACAAACGGCACAGUGCAAGAAAUACAAGAGAAGUAAAGAAACUGAAAAAAGAUGUGAAACUUUUCUCGUUGAGACUUGAAUUGUUAAUUAAGCAACAAACAAACAAAAAAGCAGCAACAACAAAUAGAUUUCUAUAUACGUAUUAUAUACACACAUAUAUAUAAAGAAAGAGGCGCUUGUGGCUUUUACUAUACUGGAUAAAUGAGGGUUAACACUUGAAGAUCAAGAAAAACAGUGGAAAAAAAGAAGCUAUUCUGUCCCACUGAUGGACUUUCUUUCUCUUUCCCUCUUUCUCUUUUUCUCUCACCAUCUCUCAGCAAGCGCAGAACUGUGACU